AUGGGAGAGUCAAAUUUCUGGGAUUCAAGCCCAGCUAUUUCAACGAGUCUCCUACAUACAACUAAGAUUCAGUCUCUGGACGAGGAGACCGGUCACACCACAUGCCCGGGUUUCUCAAUGUGCCGAGGCUUGAAGUCACUUCGGCCAGAUGGUGGAGCCGAAGAUUCUGGAGCUCCACCAGGACUGGGGGACGUCGCUGUCAAGGUCAUCUUGAGCUCCAUGCCAGGGGCGCGAUAG